AUGAUUUAUUUCAAUGCCUUUUUUCAGGAAGGCAGUCAAAAAGUAAAGAGAGUACAAAAACAACCAGAACCUAUUGACUGCCUUGCUCUUUAUCAACAAGGAUACACCGAAGACGGGUUGUAUGUGAUCAAGCCAGGUGUAAGUUCUACUACCGCUGAUGUGUGGUGUGAUAUGACCAAUGGUGGCUGGACGGUUAUACAACGUCGACAAGACGGAUCUGAAGAUUUCUAUAGAAAUUGGGAAGAAUACAAACGUGGAUUCGGAAACAGAAGCGGCGAAUAUUGGCUAGGGCUAGAAAAUAUUUACUAUUUGACUAGUGACAGUAGCUCACUACAUGUAUACCUUGAGGCAUUCAAGAGUGACAAUGUUGGUCCAGUGUCUGCUUUUGCUGAAUAUUCAACAUUUAGAAUUAAUGACGAAAAUGAUAAAUACAGAUUGAGAGUUGAAGGGUUUAACGGCUCUUGUGGUGACUCAAUGUCGUAUCAUAACGAUUGCAAGUUUACAACCAUAGACAGUGAUAACGACAUCUAUAACACAAAUUGCGCAGUAGUUUAUGGGGGAGCUUGGUGGCACAAAUCAUGCCAUCAUUCAAAUCUAAAUGGAUUAUACCUGGACGGAGCCGAUACUGCGUUUGGUCGAGGAAUCAAUUGGCAUUCGUGCUGGGGACAUUAUUACUCUCUAAAGAAAACUGUCAUGAAGAUUAGAAGAAACAAUUAA